AAUCACGAACUUGCCCAAACGGAGUCGAAUAAAACCAAUGGUUAACCCAGUGCGCCGUUGUAUUUGAAAAUUUCUCGCGCCUCGGUACGGUGGUGUUAUUUCCGAGCUCCGGUGGAUAUGAGGACAGUAUAGCCCCUAAGGAUACUAAGUGAAAGUGCGCCGAAAAAAUUAUAAUUAUAAAGUGUCCCGAGCUGAAACGAUAUUCAGUAACAAGUUCACACGAUGCGGUUAGAAGGCGCCAACUGGGCGCUGGUGGUGUGUCUCAGUCUAAUCCUUGGAUUUGGACGGGUUCGAGCCUACUCUCAGGUUCUGGUCAGCGGCACUGGGGCAGCAAACGAUCAGGGACCGCGCAUUUUCAAGGCUCUUAAUACGGAUUUGAUAUUUCCGAGGACUUUCAACUCCAGUGCCAAUGUGGUAUCCACCACUGAAGCUCCAGCUGUAACAUCCACAUCCACGACAACUGUACCACCCGUCCCCUACAAUCAUCAACCCGAGGGAACAACCAACUCCCCGGUAUUCGUCACCCCUUUAGUUGUCGCGGAUGCGGAGAAAGUCGGUCAUCCUGCUCCUGUAUCCGAGGAGCAAACAGAGCCAGUCGUAGAAGGAGCCUCCACCGGACGCGCCGUUGACUACAGGACAGCGUAUCCCUUUGGUCAACUGAUAACUCCGUUGCUACGGGGCGGCAAGCCACAGCAGUACAACUCCCGACCCUCGAAAACACGUAUUUACCCACAAGGUAUACCAUCCUACUACUCUUCAUCAUCACGAAAUCCAUCCCGCCAUCAAGCAUCGAGGCCCAGCUACAAGAAAGGAAUCAGUGACCGCUUUGCUCCUGGCGAGGGAACCGCCGCAGGCCUGUUCAAGGAUCACAACCAUGAUCACAGCCAUGAUCAUAGUCACGAUCAUUCCCACGGACAGGAUGGCAAGGUGGUCGCCGGCUCCAAUUCGGUUAACUCUUAUGUUUCACCAGGCGAUACAUACUCGUUUCCACCGUUGAACACAAAGUAUCCAUCACCGUCACAGGAUCCAAAGGCUGCAUUGCCCUCGGAUACUGUGACAAGUUACUUGGCACCCGCAUCUGGAGGACUGAGCAAUGCUGGAUAUUCAUAUCCGGGACCUACCUUUAGUAGUUACAAGUAUCCCGGCCCAGUGCCCAAUAGCAAUGCCGACAAGGAUACGGCGGCCAGUAUGGCGAGUGCUUCGCCACCGGCUGAUGAUGACCCCGGUAAUGAUGAUUCAAUCGGAACCCUGCCAGCUAGUGCCCAGGACAACAUUCCGUCCAAGGACCAGGACGGCAUGGGUGCUGGAGGUGAUGCUCCGGCAGAUGCCAUGGGACCUCCGGCUGAUGGUGGAGAUAGCGGUGGCGGUGGCGGCGGAGAUGGGGACAUAAGCGGUCUGCCAUCGUUGCACAAUGAUGGUUCUGGUCCCGACGACGAUCACAAAUACGACCCCAAUAUGGAGUAUGCCACACCACCGCCCGGUUGGCUACAAUCUCACCCAGAAUCUGCGGUUCCCAAGCCGGAUGAUCACGAUCACGACCAUGCACCCGAUCAUGAUCACGUGCACGAUCAUGACCAUGCACCCGAUCAUGAUCACGUGCACGAUCACUAUCCGACUCACUUUGACUACCAGCCCUCGUACCCGGAUGAUUCCUAUCCGGAUGUUAUUUACGAUGAUCAUCCGCACCACCACCACCAUGUCCACCAUCCACCGCCACCUCCUCCACCGCCACCACCACCACCACCACCGCCGCCACCGCCGACGGAACCACCACCACCUCCUCCGCCGCCACCAGAGCCACGUGUGAAGAAGUACAGCUACUUCUACAUUGGCCGAAAGCUCUGGUACAUCCCGCUUUACUUCACCGUGUGGUUCAGUUUCUACAUCCUGUGGCUGAUCAUCAAGUCCAUCGGUCGCCACAAGGUGAACCUGCCCAAUCACUACGUCUCGAGGCGCAGUGCUCCCGAUCCGUUCACCGAGCAAGGACGGGACGAAUAUAUCAACGAGAUGACGGUUAGGGUGCUGGAACACAUAGAUAGCUUUAAGCAGAAAUACUUGAACUGAUAAGGACGCUACUAAUUAC